CUGAGGUUGAAAAAGAUUUCUGAACAUUUUUUAUACCUUUUCCUUCGUCUGAGAGGUAUUGCAACGCAGAAAUGCACUCCAACUACAGCCAGAGUGAUUUCUGAAAAGGCAUCCUUGACAGAAGUCGGGGUUUGGCCCAAGUUAACAGAACGGACAGAAGUAGUAACAACCGAAUCACCAAAUAGCCUAGAAAGAGUUCACGAAGAAGGAGCUUUGAUGAUGAUUUUUGAUAUGAUGAUUAACGGACUCGAAGGUAUAAGUACAAGUAUUGAUGAAGCAAAUAAUCAGGAUGAUCAAUUAUAUGCAACGAAUCUGGUGCUGACUCUAUAUAAACAAAACAUGGUUAACAGAACGGACAGAAAUAGUAACAAUACAAGCGAAACACCAAAUAGCCUAGAAAGAGUUCAUGAAGAAGGAGUCUUUGAUGAUGAUUUUUGA